AUGAACGCACAGCCGGAUGUGAACCAGCCGCGGACUCCGGCGACGGAUAGCCGUGCGCUGCAGAACCUGAUCAAGGCCGAGAAGACGUACGUCGAGAACCUGUUCUCGACGACGUCGGCGGCAAUGUCGGCCGCGUCGGCGCUGCAGGCGUGGGGCAUGUCCGAGACGCCGGACAUGGAGCAGGCUACGAUGUCUGUGUCCAAGUGGCUCGAGGAGGCCUCGUCGGCCCAGCGCACGCACGGCCAGGCGAUCGAUCAGUACCGCGAGGCGCUCAAGGACGUGCUCGAGCGCGAGCACAGCAUCCGCGGCAUCCUGCGCGACCGCGAGAUCCUCAUCAGCCGCGUGAUCAAGAACAGCAAGCGCAAGCCGUCGCGCUGGGAAGUAAUCAACGGCGACGACGACAACCAGGCGCGCAUCGCCGAGGCGCAGCGCGAGCUGCACGCCUGCGAGCAGCUUCUCGCGAACGAAAGUGCGCUGCUGGUCGGCGUCAAGCGCCGCACCUUUAAGGAGGCACUCGCGAUGCGCGUCAAGACCAUGGGCGACUCGGGUGCCGUGAUGAUGGACAGCGCGCGCGCCAUCCUCGAGUACCUCGACCAGUUUGACGCCAAUGUGCCUGUGGCGCCGAUGCCCCCGGCGCCGAUGCCCGAGGAGCUCACCGAGACGGGCGCGCCGGCCAGCACGGUCGGCGCGUCCUCCGUGAUUGACCACGGCUUGGACCACGCCCGCUCGCCGGUGGCAACGCGUCCUCCAAUGGAGGUGCGUGCGCCUCCACAGGAAGCGCCGGCCGCCGAGGCGCGGUCGCCGCUGCGUGCCGAGCGCCGUACGAGCGCGCCGGUUGCGACGGAAGCGCGGCCGCCGUCUGCACAGCCGAGUGAGCCCGCGGAAGUUCGCAAGCCGCGCAAGACGCGCAGCCGUGCGCCGAGCGACGCGUCGCGCGUGAGUGCAUCGCUCGUGCACGUUCCCCAGGUGCCCGGCGGCGUGCCGAGCGCGCCGCGCGUCAACCUGGACCACAUGCGUUCCGGCUUUGUCGCGCCGACGAUCCCGGGUGGUGUGCCGAGUGCGCCGCGCGCGAUGCAUGUAGCGCGUGACGACAACUCGUCCGACGACGAGGUGCCCCGCCGCCGCAACGACGUGUACGGCACGCCCACCACGACCGACGCAUCGGUUGCGCCCCGCCGCGCGCGCCACCACUACCAGGAGUCGGAGGAGGACGCGCACGAGCGCCGCAGCGGCAAGGGUGGCUUCUUUAACCGCAUGUCGAACCUCUUCCGCACCGAGGUGCGUGCCGCGCCGACGCCUGCGAAGCGCGAGCGCUCCACGCCGCGUGCCGAGUCGCUCUUUGCGCCGAUCGGCGACAUUCCCAAGUCGCGCGGGGCGCGCGACGACAGCAGCGACGACGAGCCCGCGCCAAACGUCGUGCGCCACGUCAAUGAGCGCCCGGGCAGCAGCAUGAGCUCGCGCAACCUGCUGAGCCCUGCGUCGCACCGUGGCUCGAGCGGUAUGCGCCGCUCGAGCUCGGUCAUGGGCCGCGCGGCGUCCGCCGCGCCGGUGCCAGAGGACGACGAACUGAUGGCCGCCGUGCGUCGCAGCGUGAUCGGCGCGGGCAUCUCGGGCACGCCGAACAAGAGCAACCGUCCCCCGUCGCGUGCGUCGAGCGCGAUGAACGUCGCGACGGCGCAGCCGCGCGCGGCGCGCCGCAACUCGGUCGACCUAGGCGAGUCGGCGCUGAACCGCCCCGGCUCGGCGAACUCGACGCGCAAGGUGCGCACGCGCUCCAGCUCCGAGCAGCUAGGCGAGAAGACGACGACGACGACGCGCCGCAAGCGCCGCGACUCGUCGACGACGCGCCCUACUGGUCCCCCGCCCGCGCCUUCGUCGUUCUACGUGGGUUUCUCGAACAACCCGGCCAAGUACGCCACGGACUCAUGGGUGGCCAAGGCGGAGGACGCGAGCGCCACUGCGCACGAGGCCGAGACGCCGUCGCGUACCGCCUCGGGCCAGGGCCGCGCGCGUCCCUCGAGCGUGAUCUCGCCGAGCAGCAGCCGCACGCAGCCGCUAAAGCCCGCGCUGAAGGCCAGCAAGGGCGCGACGACCACUCCCAAGCGCCUCUCGCUGCAAGAGACGCCCGACGCGGGCACACUCAGCCUCGACGUGGACCGCCGCUUUGACGGGACCGGCCACCUGGACCUCGAGCUCGGCGAGCUCAUCUCGACGGGCACGUCGCCGACCAAGGGCGCACGCACGCCCGACGUCGCGCCGCUCGCGUCUCGCGCCGAGCCGAGCCAUACGUUCUGGGAGCAGCCAUCUACGGAGAACCACGGUGGCCUUGCGCCCCCGCUGGUCGGCCUGCCGAGCUUUUACGGUGCGCCGCGUGCGCAGGCGGGUGAGGCGUCGGUGCCGCACACGACGCCGGCCGCCCAGGCGAGCGCGCCGGCGGUGCAGGCGCCUGCGCCGAGCGCCGCGCCCUCGGUGCCUGCGCCGAGCGCCUCGCCGAACGCGCGCAAGAGCGUGCGCAUCGACAGCGAGGCGCCCAAGGCUACCGAGCCCGAGGCGGAGGAGGAUCUCGCGCCUGGCGGCCGCGCGCGCAGCAGCUGGAGCACGCGUAUCGGUGCGCGCGACGACUCGAGCGACGAAGAGACCGAGCCGGGCAACCCUGACGGAUACAACAAUGCGCGCAAGGCGUUUGGCAGCGCCACGCGCCACCUGGGCCUCGCUACGGGCACGAUCCAGCCCAAGCCCAAGUCGGAGGCGCGCAAGAAAAAGACGCGGGACUUGGAUUACAACCCCUCUGUGCAGCUCCCUCCUGGCCUGCAAAGCAUCGCACACAGUCGCUAA